GCUGGGGUUCCGAGCGCGCCGCGGUGACGGAAAGUGCAGGAAGCGCCACGCCGGGGAAACGAGGCGAAAACACGGUAAAAGAGUCGAAGAAGAAAAGGUCCCGUGACACUGUUGGGGCCCGUUCGGAAAGGACGCGGAUAAGACUGGUUUCGCCUGCUCGGGCUGAUCCGGCCCCCUCAGUCGCGGGGAUAAAAAAGAAACUUCAGAGGGUCUGUCUGUGUGUCCAGGAUGUGGGAGUGAGACAAAGGGGUCCGCGGCGCCGUUGUCUCUGGUUCCAGCUCCUCUGGAUGGGAAAAAUGGAGACGGAAGGGCAGUGGUGGAAAAGCCAGCUGGCAGCGGACAUCCAUCAGGCUCUCCGCAUCAAGGAAUUGAAAUUGCCGACAUACAGGGCGCACUCUCCUCAGAUCGGCAUGCGGCGCUACUUCGCUGACCUACUGGCCAUCCUAAGCAACCGCUACCAGUUGUGCCCCACAGCACGGCACCUGGCAGUGUACCUCCUGGACCUUUUCAUGGACCGUUACGACGUGGCUCUCAAGCAGCUCUACGUCAUCGCCCUGUCCUGCUUGCUCCUAGCCAGUAAGUUUGAAGAGAAAGAGGACCGUGUGCCCAAGCUGGAGCAGCUCAAUGCCCUGGGCUUCAUGUGCAGCCUCAACCUGGUGCUCAACAAGCGGGACCUGAUCCGCAUGGAGCUGCUGCUGCUGGAGACGUUCGGCUGGAACCUGUGCAUGCCCACGCCCGCCCACUUCAUCGACUACUACCUCCAUGCCUCCGUGCAGGAAAGCGACCUGCACAAUGGCUGGCCUCUGCCUUCCCUUUCCAAGACCAAAGCUUUCAUGGACAAGUACACACACUACUUCCUGGAGGUCUCUCUGCAGGACCACGCCUUCCUGAGCUUCCGGCCGUCCCAGGUGGCAGCAGCCUGCGUGGCAGCCUCCCGUAUCUGUCUUCAGAUCUCACCCACCUGGACCACUGCUCUGCACCUGCUCACUGGCUACACCUGGGAACAUCUAACUCAGUGCAUCGAACUUAUGCUGUUGGCCCACGACAAUGAUGUGAAAGAGGCCAACAAAAGCAAGUCCACCCCCACUUCUGGCCAGGCCUCCCUGCUGUCAUCAGGCCAGCCUACACCCCCUAACUCUGCUCAGAGGCAGGCCUCAUCCUCCACAGCCUCCUGUUCCUCCUCCUCCUCCUCCUCCUCCUCCUCCCACCAGCUGCUCUUCCAGCCAAGCAGCUACACCCACCUAUCCCAACACUCCACGUCACUGUCCCAGCUGCAUGUCCUGGCUGACUCCCAGGCUCUGGGGCCUGUGGUGUCUCAGGACUAUCUCCAAUCCCACCGGGUGGGAUUAUUGUCGGGAGCGGCAGCUGGGGGUGCCCUGCACUCAUACUCUACCGUGGCAUCGGGGCUCCAGUCAGGGGUGCGAGCGCUGCCCUUCCAGACUCCUCCCAUCUCCAUGCAGAUGGCCAUCGCCGCAGAGCCCCGCCACUGCCUGGGCUUGGCCUACGGGAGCAGCUACCUGGCUAACCACCACUCAUUUGCUGCCAGCUGCUUUGACAGGUGACGCCAGGAGAGGGAGAGGAAGCACGGACUGGAGCGGCCUUCCUCCGCCCUUCCCGCCCCUCCCUCGGUCCGCAUCCCAACACCGUCCCCCCAGACCACAUCGUCUUCCCUUCCCAGGAGACGCAGGAAGCGCAAACAAAAAUCCAGCAUCAGCACAGAUUCUGCAGAGGUCAUUGUGCUCUUAUGACAGCCAGCUGCGGAAGCCAAGCUGGAAGGUGGAUUUGAGCUGAUUUUUCUGAAGCAAAAAUAAAGAAAAGCCUUGACCAUAACCUUUCUGAGAGCAGAGAAAGAUGUACUGCAUCUAUUUUUGAACAUAUUGUCAUUAUUUUUGCUACUUUCCUUAGCCCAUUUAUACUUCUGUUCCCUUUCCCCUGAGAGAGAAGCACUGUGUUCGCUCAUCCAGCCUCUCUGCCUCUUCGGUCUCAUUGCAACUCGGGUCAAUGAAGGAGCUUCGGUGAGCAGACGUAAGAGGAGCACUGUCUCCCACGCUCCGUCCUCCUGCUGGUCUGCUGCGAAAGGGCCUGAGCCCCCAUGGUGGGUGACUAGUGUUUGCAACACUGUUGCAUGCUGGGUAUUUGCAAAUUGCCCUUGCGUUCACUAAAGUGCUGCUCUUAUUCAAGCUCUCUCUGAGCCAAAAAUACGAAGGAAAAAAAAGUCAGAGAGCCGGAAAGGAAAUACUUCUUGAGUCGUCUGGAAGAGGGAAGGGUAGAGAAGAGGAGUAGGCAGACACCGAGGAUGUGUUCUCUGAAGCUUCCUUCCCAUGGUUGUGUCAAAGCGGGCUGCCUUUACAACCCCUGGAGGUGUUUUGCGCAACGGGAAUAGACAUGGAUGCUGGCAGCUGUGCGAAAACCACCCCCUUUUUCACAAGUCUGGCUCAGGUGUCGAACCCUGGUUCAGCUGCCACCUCUACUGCUUCAGUUUUGAUGUGCUGGACUUCUCCCACCUCUUGGACAGUUUCCUCUGAACCGGGAAGCUAAUCAUUUCAGCUCAAAGCCUUAACAGCUAAAACAAAAAGCUUUCUUCUUCUAAGCUGUCUUCCCCUUGGGAGGCAUGCCAAUUGGAAGGGACGUGUCAUUUUUAUUGCUCGUGUGUGUGUUUUAAAUGUGUAUCUCCAAUGCUGCUGCCUUAUGUGAACUUAGGGGUUUAUGACUGUGAGGCUGAUUUUUCCUCUACGAUUGUUUACAUGAACCGUGAUGUAUCAGGGACUAACGUUACUUGAAGAUGAUGCCAUUGAAACCAAUUAUUUAUGAUUAUUCCUUUUAUUUUUUGUAUUUUUUGGUUACUGUUUUUAACAAUGAUGAGUACACACUGUUUGUAAAAUAGGAGUAACUGUUGAAAAUUGAACACUAUUGAGGCUCAGGUUCACGGGCUGGAAGGUUGGCUUCUCAGUUGAACCUUGUGAUGCUGCUUGAAUGAAAAUCAACAGCAGCGAAGGAGUAAUUUUCCCUUUGAAAUCCCUUACGGUAUCUGGUAGAAAUGCAUUUUAUUGGAUCGGAUUGUUACAUUCACUCAACCACGGUCUUGCCAAAAAAAAAAAGAAAAGAAAUUUCAACUUUCAGCCUUUUUUUUUUCUCUUUUUUCCUCCUUGUGUACAUGUCAGUUUUUGCAGGUUAUCCAUAUUCCUUUCUCUGUUCCACAUGUACACACAUUGUCAAUGGCCCGUGUGAGUCCAUGUCCGUGGUCCAUGUGACCAGUUAGGAACGAUGUGUCGCGAGGUGACGGGAUCUCCGGAGCCCGCUAGAGCGACCGUGCUGCGGUGGAGACUCCUGGCUGGCCGUGCUUUGAACUCUGCUCAAACGUCUCUUUGGACAGGGAAAAUGAUUUUGACGGAUGAGAACCUUCACAGCCGCUGCGCUGUGUGAUGGACUGUUACCGUGGCAGCCCAACCUUGCACUGUGAUGCUUUUUCUCAGGAAGGUGUCGCCAGCCUUCAGCUACUGUGUGACUCUCAAGUGUUGUCGGCUGCCAUUGCACCUGCUACUGUAAAUGGGUAGUUCAAACUUCGUGAAUAAGUCCUCCUCUGUCCAUAUAGCUUCGUAGGACGUUCCCACGACAUCCAGUGUGACACCCGUUGUUGUGAGAGACAUGUUGCCCAUUUGAUUCUGACAGUGCUGAGAAGCUAAGGCAGUGAGGACUGGAGAUGGUGUGCGAAGAGGACGUCGCUACUUUUCAACGCCCUGGGUGUCCAGUUUCCCAGGCCUGAGGGCCAAGCUACGGUCUCUGACCCCUCUGAGGGCCUCAGUCUCUCCGCUUUGUGACCGGUGCUUGGUUCAGAAGGCGCUCAGGAAGGAUAAGAUUUACCAUUCUCCAAUUCUGGACUUUGAACUACCUCCUUUUACCAGAUCACUGUACAAUAAGGACCAGUUAUGGUUUUAUUACCUGUUUUUUAGUGUGUCAAGUAGUCCUUGUUCUAAGUGAAUUAGAAUAUACUUGACUGUUAGCGAUGACUUUUUUUUUUUUCCUUGUACGUUUUUGUUUUGUAAACUUUCAGUUAUGCAGUCUUGUUUCUAGGUGACUGCAGUUUGUUCAUUAUAAGUAAUAAGUUCGAUGCAACAGUCGUCAUACAGGAACAGGACUUGACUAAGUCCCAGGGUGCAAUACGUUUGUGAAACCAAUUACCGAUUUGUUCUGAACGCGGUUUUUACUGUGGCUAACUUAUUUUUUACCCUUUUAGCCAUCCCAUAAUUCUCUAACAAUUUUGAUUCUCGCUGCUGUUAAGCAGUGAAUUUCAAGCACAAUGAAAAUGUUGCAUAUUGCAACCUAGACAAAUAUACGUGGACACAGACACCAGGAAAACACUGGUAACACUAACUUAUCUGCAACACUCAUAUUAUUGGUCAAAAAACUCUUAUCACAAAAUGUCUGUCUGUGCUAGUUAUAGACUUGAGGAUAUGAAAAGAACAAAUAUGAAAACCACUGUUAUGAAA